CGCAAAAGCGCGUUGCAAGCUUACCGUUUGCCGUUAAUUCGUAUUUGCCGAUAUAAAUAGCUGCCACAAGCAGCGACAAUACAUCAUAGCUACAGCAGCAACAGUUAGUGCAGCAUCAGUGUUAACGUCGCAAAGCAUACAAAAUGAAAUAUCUGCAAAUUUUCUUCCUUGUCAUCAUCUGUGCGGCGGCAUGCCUCGCCGCUGUUGCAGAGCCGGAGGAUGCCAGCGCCUUGGAGGAGAAGAAGACUAACAAACGUGGUAUCUAUGGCUUCGGUUACGGGCAUGGCUUUGGGCAUGGUCUUUAUGGCGGCUAUGGAGGCGGUUACGGUGGUGGUUUUGGUCAUUACGGUGGUUAUCCACAUUAUGGCGGCGGUUAUGGCUUCCAUGGUGGUCCAAUCUACGGUGGACAUGGAUACUUUCCUUACCAUGGUGGUUACUAUGGUGGCUAUCAUUAAGUGGCACAAAAGCAAGCACUUACAUACAUUUAAAAAUGAAUAUAUCGACACUAAUACCAUGUAGUGUGCGAAUAUAACGUUCUUCUUUAUGUACAGUUUUAAAUUUUUAGCCGGAAAUAAAGAUUUUUCGUAUAAAAAACACUAUUAAAGAA